AUGGCGAUGCAAACUGUCCGAAUAGCCGUGUUCAAUACCGAUCUACCAGUGCCAAAUGUACGUGCUAAGCUGGGGACAUAUGGUGAUAUCUUUCACCGUCUCUUGAGCGAUGCUGCUUCCCGCAUCUGUCCUAUGAUCAACAUACAAUCCACCGAUUUUGACGUUGUCCGAGGAGAAUAUCCCGAAUGUCUGUCGAAAUUCGAUGUUGUCCUGAUUACGGGUUCUGCAGCAUCAGCAUAUGAUGAGGUGGAAUGGAUACGGAAGCUGGAUGCAUACGUUUUGGACGUAUAUGAAAAUCAUCCGCGGGUGAAAAUGUUUGGUAGCUGCUUUGGACACCAACUCAUCUGUCAGAGCUUGUUCAGAAAAUUUGGUGUCAUGGUGGAAAAGGAUCCAAAAGGUUGGGAGCUCGGAGUUCACGAAAUCAGCUUGACAGAAAACUUUUGUUCGGGUUUGAAGUCGUCUAUGGUCUCGCAAAACUUUGCAUCAGACGAGAAGCCUUCUACUCCAGAUGCUGAAUCCAGCCGGGUGCCAGAGCCUGAAGGUCCCAAGUCCUUGAAGCUUCAAUUUGUACAUGCUGAUCAUGUCAAAAUACCCCACCCUGGAGCGUUGCCUCAUCCAUGGACGGUCAUUGGCAGCUCGAAACAUUGCCAUGUCCAAGGUGUCUGUGACCAGGGACGUGUGCUCACCUUCCAAGGCCAUUUCGAAUUUGACCGGUUCGUCAACUCUGAGACGAUCAAGGUGUUUGGUGCAUCAUGGGAGCCUGUGAAAUUGAAAAAGGCCCUUGAGGACAUGGAUGCCGACGAUGAUGCAGAAAUAGCUGCCGAUAUUGUGAUGAGAUUUUUGAUCGAGGGUUUUGAAGAUCAGGGAGCCUAUGACAGUGCAACGGGCUUAAUUACGCCUCCCGUUGAGGGUCCAUAG